UUUAGCAAAGUGCUUUGCGGCGAACGAAUCGAGGAAUCGAGUACACAUUGUAGGGCGGUCGCGAUCGUUUUGUAAUAUUAUUCGCGAUUCCGGAUACGCUGCGAACACAGCCAUGGCGCGGAAAGGUGUGCUGACCAUUGGGGAACGGUGUUGUAUCUGGUUGCUGAUGGUGGGCGGAGUGUUGCCGUUUCAGUACGUCGUUUCGACGAAUCGGUUUGUACAGAGCACUUUCUACUACCGGGGCUGCAUUGUGGGAACGGUGCUGUACGCCAUGCUGGGACCGUGGUUGUAUUGGAUCUCAGUAACGCGAAUAUUGCAUCCGGAUUCGCAGCUCAACCAAUACAUGAUUGUGGUGCAGUUUUUCUGCAUGUACGUCGUAAUACUAACGUCACGCUUGAAAACGCUUUCGAACCGUGAAAGACUGUGCCAGCUGCUAAACGCGCUGCUGGCGCUGCGAGAGCAGGUACUGCAAGGACCAGCGAAGGCUACUACUACCUUUCAGCAGGGUUUGGCACGAAGCCUGCUCACGAAACUGAUCGUAUUCGAUCUCGGCAUGAUGGUGCUAAGUGCAGCGUUCUUUCGCACAUUUAUAGAGCUGAAACAAUCGUUGAUUUAUUCGAUUUUAGGAGUUUGCAAUCUGCUGCAAGUCAGCAGCAUGAACAUUGCUGUUAAUUUGCUCAUGUUUGUGAUGUACAGUGGCACUACCAUCUACGUACGCAUCAAUGCACACUGUAACGAUCUGGUGUACGGUUCGAAGGCUCCGAAUGAGAUCGUUCGGCUGUAUCUGAUGCACACGGAGGCGUCGCUCGUUGUGCAGAGUAUCGUCGAGGUCAUCAGCAUACCGAUACUGCUGUUGAGCGUGUGGUACUUUUUCAUCAUCGUAUUCUCGAUUUUCUACACCUACACCAGCCUUGUGCAGGAUCUUGAAGCUGGCUCGACGAAUGCACUGCGCAAUAUAAUCAACCCACUGGCGUUCUUUAUAAGUGAAGUGGGACAGGUGUACUUUAUGGUGUCGAGCUCGGCUACGUUUAGUCGGCAUGCGCGUCAAAUCAUACCGUGUCUCAGCAUGUACACUGGCCGAAUUACGGAUGUACCGGGCGAUCGUGCGAUCGAGCUACUGACGAUCGAGUACUUAAACCGAGACUAUGCGAUACGCAUUAAAGGACUGUUUACCAUCGACAACACGAUGCUGUUUGGUGUAAGUAUGCCUAAGCUUCAGCGCCGUGGGCAAUGGAUGUCGGUAAAGCGUGUGGGCCUGUGUCUUUACAGAUCGUUGCCAGUACCACCAGCUACAUGAUUAUUUUAGUACAAUACUACCUGCAGGAAUGAGCGGCAAACAUAAGAUAUUCAUGUCCAUUUGCUAAUAGUGGCGGUUGCGGUGUGUGUGUGUGGGCUGUUUCCCCGGGUUCGUUUGUCCGUCCGUCGCUUCAGUUGCUGUACGAUGCAGGUCCCACGCUGGUUGAUCGUUCUGCAGAGCGUUGUGCUGAAGUUUCUGUUCGCCAUUUUGCCGCUCAGUUUCGACCGUCAUCGUGAACGGUUUCGAAAUCGAACGAAAGAUGUGAUCCUAUCCAUCGUGCUGCUGGUGCUCUAUGCCAUCGUCGGACCGAUCGUCUGUGCCGAGCUGUACGUAAUGAACUUUAGCGUGGAAAAUCAAAUAACAAACGCGCUGAGCGCAUUCCAGUUCG